GAAUGGGGUAACUCUGUGGAGAGAAGACCCUCUACAGGUGAAGAUCACCCCACAGGGAGAGGUGGGCUUAGGAAGAAAAGUCACCCUGCAGAGGGUGGUCGCUCAGUCAAAUGGGGUAACUUUGUGGAGAGAAGACCCUCUACAGGUGGAAAUCACCCCACAGGGAGAGGCUGGCUUUCAAAGAAAAGCUGCCUUGCAGAGGAGGGUCAAUCAGCUGAGAAGCGUGACUCUGCAGGGAGGCUACCCUCUGCAGGGAAAGAUCGCCCCACAGGAAGAGGUCGGCCUCUGAAGAAAAGCAGUCGUGCUGAGAAACAUCUAUCUGCUGAGAGAAGUUGCCCUCCCAAAAAAAGACGUCUUGCAGAGAAAGGUGUACCCACCAAGAGAUUUUGCUCUGUAGAGAAGGUUCACUCUGGGGAGAGAGGUCACCUUUCUAAGAAAAGUCGCCCUGCAGAGAGACAGCUCUCAGCCAAGAAAGGUAGCAUGGAACAGAAGGGUUGCUCUUUCAAGAAAGUUCAUUCUGGAGAGAGAGGUCAGUCUUCCCAAAGCAGGUGCACUUUUGAGAAAGGUAACACAGUAGAGAAUAGAUGCUUUGUGGAGAAAGGUCAUCACUCCAUGAGGAAAGGCUUUCCUAUAGAGAAAUCCUCUUCAGGAUCCAUGCCUAAGGUGCAAGUACGAAAGAACAUGCAGAAUACUCCACAAAGUAGAAGUGGCAGUGGUACCAGCAAAGUACCCCAGAUCCCUCACCAGAAUGUGGCUGGGGCUGUCAGCACCUUUCAACGGGAGCAGGCAGUGCAGAUGAAAAGGGGAAUUAUAUUGAAUGUGCCAGAAGAAUUAAAACCAUGUCUUGUUGAGGACUGGGACUUGGUAAACAAGCAGAAACAGUUAUUCCAACUCCCUGCUCAGAAGAAUGUAGAUACCAUUCUCGCCGAGUAUGUCACUUUUGUAAAAUCACAAGGAGGGGCUGAUAAUAGGGAAUAUUCCGUUGAUGAACUUGUGAUUGGAAUAAGAGAGUAUUUCAACAGGAUGCUGGGCACCCAGCUGCUCUGCCCCUUUGAAAAACCCCAGUAUGCUGAAAUCCACCUUGCUCAUCCUGAUGUUCCAAUGUCUCAGGUUUAUGGGGCUCCACACCUCCUGAGAUUAUUUGUGAAAAUUGGGACUGCAAUGGUCCAUUCGUCCCUUAAUAGGCCUAGUCUCAGAUUAGUAUGCAGCUAUCUGCCUGAUCUUCUUAAAUACCUAGCAGAGAAUUCCAGUUCUCUGUUUAGUGCCAGUAAUUACAAAGUGGCUCCUGCCGAGUAUUGUUGCAAAGCCCUGUGAUGGUCUGCUGACCACUCCCUGUUAUGACCUGGACCAGUAAACAUUUCUGUGUUUGCUGUUUUCAUUGUGUAGUUGAUAUCCUUUAAAACUGUCAAUGUAUAACAGGGCUUAAUAUUUCAGUUUGCUUAUUGUUGUGAACAGAAAUAAAAAAUAUUAAAUGCUUCUUUACCACUAUUUC